AUUAAUAGCCGCUUCCUUCCCCCGCCGGGGCACUAACAUGGAGUUGGGGGGUUAUAAAUGCGAGCAAAACAUUUUCUCAAACAAACAAGCGUAUAGACUGCUGGAAGGUACAAGAACUUAAACGGACACAACCAAGAUUCAAACAUGAGGGAUGUAACGGAAUUCAUUGUUUUCGUGUUCCUGGUGGGAAGAGCCGGCGGGAUAGAGCCGAGUAGCGGUUACUGCAUCGGUACCAAGUGUGUCACUGUGUUCCAACAUUCUAGCGACUUCACAGCCGCGCAGAGCCAGUGUAAAGACCAAGGCGGCCACUUAAUGACAGUGCGUUCCUCUGUAUCUCAUGAUAUUCUUAAUAUCUUGUUAGGAAACUUCACGGGUCGCUUCUGGAUCGGUUUGCGCCGACAGAGCGGCUGUCCAGACGCUGCAGCCCAGCUGAAAGGCUUCCAGUGGGUGACAGGGGACAGCGAGAGUGACUUCUUCAACUGGGCGCCGAGUUUUGACAGCAGCUGUUCUUCUCAUCACUGCGUCUCGGUUUCUCAAGAUGACGACUUUAAUUGGAUCCAGGAGCCAUGCGACGAACAUGCGGCCGGGUUUCUCUGUGAGUACAGCUUCAGUGACCCGUGCAAAAGUCUAGCGGUUGCAGAGGGCGAGUCUGUCACCUACAGGACCCCCAUGGGUUUUGGGGGGGAGGACGUGUUGUCUUUGCCGCCUGGGAGCACCGCUAUCCGGAUGCCAGCUGAGACUAACUACGUGUGCUUCUCCAGGCAGUGGCUGCAGGCGCCAUGGAGCUGCGAGAUAAACGAAGGAGGAUGUGAGUAUAAAUGCGCGGUGGACCCCAAACAUGUGCCAUCCUGCUACUGCCCGCCUGGACAAACCGUCAACCCUGCCAAUAAAGUCACCUGUGAAGUGGCCAUAGACGACCCGUGCCGGCCGCUGCGCUGCGCGCACGCUUGCUACAAGAACGGAGGCUCUUACGCGUGCAUGUGUGACCACGGCUUCAAGCUGGCGCAGGACGGCAGGUCGUGUUUUGACUUCAACGACUGCAGGGACCCGCGGCAGUGUCCUGGGGACAACUUCAUGUGCGUCAACAACGUCGGUGGGUUUCAGUGCGUCUGCAAGGAUGGAUAUAAGAUGACCGGAGACCUGUGCGUCGACGUGGACGAGUGCAUGUCCGCUCCAUGUGAGCACAAUUGCACCAACACUCCUGGUAGCUUCAAGUGCUCUUGUUAUAGUGGAUAUAAAGAGGACCCCAAGUCACCAAAUAAGUGCAAACUUCACUGCGGGAAGGAAGAAUGCCUCGCCGAAUGCGACCCGAAUGACAGGUUCCAGUGCUACUGUCCUGAUGGAUAUAUAGCAGAGGAGAGGGGCGACCAGGUGAUGUGCUUAGACAUGGACGAAUGUUUUUCCUCUUAUUGUGAUCAAGGCUGUAAAAACACUUUCGGAAGCUAUGUGUGCUCAUGCGAUCGAGGAUAUACACUAGUUGAACAAUACAAGUGCGUAAAAAACGAAGAUGAUUCAGAUGGAGGGUUCGAGGGCUCCGGAGAGAGCACGACUCUGAGCGUCCCCACAGCAUCCACCGUGCCAUAUCCAGAUCCAACAAGCAAACCCUCCGCGGUGAGCACGGGGGGUCUCGUGGGGAUUAUAGUGUGCACUACGUUUUUUAUCUUGUUAGUGGUUUUUCUGGCUCAUCACUUCCUCAACGGCGGAGGGAAAAAGAACAACGGUGCGCUCACAGCUCAGGAGGGCGAGGCGCACAGCUUACAUGGGACGAGUGAUGCUUAAAAGCAGCAAAGCAUGACAGGUGAAUGUACAAAGCAUGUAAGAGACAUUUUAGACCGGGUUUGAAUGAUGAUUUCACAGCGACACAGUUAAAGAGACAUGAUUGUGGUGAUGCCAGAGAUGAGUCCACUAUGAACUGACAACAGUCAUAUUAUACAAAUAUUCAAGUUUUUUUCAUAGUCACUGCUUUGGAGGACUGAUUUUAUUCAAAUCACAUACACUAGAUCCAAUAUCAUAGAAUAUGACAAGGAACUUUUUUCUUUUUUUAAAGUUUGUGCUGGAACAUCAUUAAAUUAUAAAAUGUGAAUGAAGAA